GUACGGGUGGAAUUUGUCAGCGACUAGAAGCAAGGGAGAUUCCUGUUUGUUUCGUAUAUAGUUCGGAUCUGAUUGAGACAUUCCCGGAAACGCAUCAUCAUAUCGGAACAACAAAGUGAAGCCGUUUCAUACGCUUCGAGGCACCGAGGCAUACUGUGUAGACAACAAUAUUCUUCCUGGUAACGCGAAGAAAAUUAUCUGAUUUGCUGCUUGGAAGACGCGCAAAAACCAUGGCCGAUAUACGGGCAGCAUUUGCCAAACAGCAAAAUGGAGCACCGGCUACCGGGAGUCCCAAAAUCGGCGGUAAAUCUAUCGAAAAGAUUUACCAGAAAAAAUCCCAAUUAGAACAUAUCCUGCUCCGACCGGACACGUACAUCGGUUCGGUCGAGGAGGUGAAGGAGCCGAUGUGGAUAUUCGACAAAGAGGCCAAGAAGAUGAUCCAACGCGAGAUUACGUACGUGCCGGGAUUGUACAAGAUCUUCGACGAGAUCCUGGUGAACGCUGCGGAUAAUAAACAGCGUGAUCCGAAGAUGAGCACCAUCAAGGUGGAGAUCAAUCAAGAAACGAACACGAUCUCGGUCUGGAACGAUGGCCACGGCAUCCCGGUGGUGAUGCAUAAGGAAGAGAAGAUGUUCGUACCGACGAUGAUCUUCGGCCAUCUGCUAACGUCCUCGAAUUACAACGAUGAGGAAGAGAAGGUUACCGGUGGUCGUAACGGAUACGGUGCGAAGCUGUGCAACAUUUUCAGCACCAAGUUUACGGUCGAGACGGCUUCGAAGCAGUACAAGAAGUGCUUCAAACAGAGCUGGGGCGAUAACAUGUCGAAAGCGACCGAGCCGAAAAUUAAGGAAGACUUCUUCGGUGAUGACUACACGAAGAUUACCUUCUCGCCCGAUCUGACCAAGUUCAAGAUGGAAAAGCUAGACGACGAUAUCGUCGGCUUGUUGUCGCGCCGUGCCUACGAUGUGGCUGCGUCGACACGAGGCGUGACUGUUUUUCUGAACGGUCAGCGUGUUCCCGUUAAGUCGUUUAAGGACUACGUCGAUCUGUUUCUGAAGGAAGCGACGGACGAAGUGGGCGCGCAGGUGAAGGCUUGCUACGAAACCGUUAACGAACGCUGGGAGGUAGCGGUUGCGAUUUCGGAACGAGGCUUUCAGCAGGUAUCGUUCGUUAAUUCGAUUGCCACAACAAAGGGCGGCCGUCACGUGGACUACGUGGCGGACAUGAUCGUGAAGCAGCUGACGGAGGUGCUGAAGAAGAAGAACAAGGGUGGCGUAACGAUCAAACCAUUCCAGGUGAAGAAUCACAUGUGGGUCUUUAUCAACUGCUUGAUCGUUAAUCCCACGUUCGACUCGCAGACCAAAGAAAACAUGACACUGCAGGCGAAGAGCUUCGGAUCGAAGUGUGCCCUGUCGGAGAAGUUUAUUACCGCGGUGUCGAGGAGUGGAAUCGUAGAGUCUGUGCUUCAAUGGGCCAAGUUUAAGGCCCAGACCGAUCUUGCCAAAACAUCCGGUUCGAAAAAGUCGAAGAUCAAGGGUAUUCCGAAGCUGGAAGACGCUAACGAUGCUGGUACGCGCAAUUCGCUCAACUGUACGCUCAUUCUCACCGAGGGAGAUUCCGCUAAAACUUUGGCCGUGUCCGGUUUGGGGGUGGUAGGUCGCGAUACUUACGGCGUGUUUCCGCUGCGCGGUAAGCUGUUGAAUGUGCGAGAAGCCACGCACAAGCAGAUUUUGGAGAAUGCUGAAAUUAAUAAUCUGAUCAAGAUUCUGGGUCUGCAGUACAAAAAGAAAUAUCUUUCGAUUGACGAUCUGAAGACGCUACGGUACGGCAAGGUGAUGAUUAUGACAGAUCAGGACCAGGACGGAUCUCACAUUAAAGGUUUGUUGAUCAAUUUCAUUCAUACCAACUGGCCUGAACUGUUGCGUUUACCGUUCCUCGAGGAAUUCAUUACGCCGAUCGUGAAGGCAACGAAGAAGAAUGGCGAAGAGCUCUCCUUCUUCUCGCUGCCCGAGUUCGAAGAGUGGAAAGCUGAGACGGCCAACGCGCACACGUACAAUAUCAAGUACUACAAGGGUUUGGGUACGUCUACCUCGAAGGAAGCGAAGGAAUAUUUCCAAAAUAUGGAGCGGCAUCGAGUUUUGUUCCGCUACGAAGACACCGGAGAUGAUGAUGCGAUCCUGUUAGCCUUCUCCAAAAAGGCGAUCGAGCAGCGUAAAGAUUGGCUGACGGCCCACAUGGAGGAGUGCCGCCAUCGGAAACAGGUCGGUUUGCAGGAGCGUUAUUUGUACACUAAAACGACGAAACAUGUCAGCUACAAGGACUUUGUCAAUCUCGAGCUGGUGCUGUUCUCCAACUCGGACAACGUUCGUUCGAUUCCGUGCAUGCUGGACGGUUUGAAGCCGGGCCAACGGAAGGUACUGUUUACCUGCUUCAAGCGUGACGACAAACGCGAGGUAAAGGUGGCUCAGCUGGCUGGUUCGGUUGCGGAGAAGUCCGCCUACCAUCAUGGUGAGCAGUCGCUUUGUUCCACAAUCGUCAAUUUGGCGCAGAACUACGUGGGAAGUAAUAACAUUAAUCUGCUCUACCCCGGCGGUCAGUUUGGUACGCGUUUGACGGGAGGAAAGGAUAGCGCUAGCCCCAGGUAUAUUUUCACAAUGCUUUCCGAGCUGACGCGUUCCAUUUUCCAUCCUCUGGACGAUCCGUUGCUGGAGUACCAGAUGGACGAUAAUUUGCGCAUCGAACCUGUAUGGUAUCUGCCAAUUAUUCCGAUGUUGCUGAUCAACGGUGCAGAUGGUAUCGGUACCGGAUGGGCGACGAAAAUUCCCAACCAUAAUCCGCGGGACGUCAUUGCUAACAUUCGUCGAAUAUUGAACGGACAGGAGCCUAAAGUGCUGACUCCUUGGUAUAAAAAUUUCCGAGGUGUUGUCGAAUCGGUCGGUCCUCAGAAGUACAUCACGGCCGGCAAUGUUGGACUGUUGGAUAAUCAGAGGAUUGAAAUUUCCGAACUGCCCAUUGGUACAUGGACGCAGACGUACAAGGAGAACGUGCUGGAACCGCUGCUGCACGGUAACGACAAGCAGAAGGCAGUCAUUUCCGAUUACAAAGAGUACAACACGGACACUACGGUGCGGUUCGUAAUCUCUUUCUUGUCCGGAGAGUACGCGAAACUGUACGCAGAGGAAGGAGGGUUCCAUAGGGUGUUCAAGCUGACCAGCUCUAUCUCAACGGCAACGAUGAACGCGUUCGAUGAUAAAAACUAUCUCAAACGGUACGCUCACGCGAAUGACAUCUUCAUGGAGUUCUAUACGAUUCGUCUGGAAUACUAUGGCAAGCGCCGAACGUAUCUGAUCGGUAUGCUUCAGGCCGAGGCCGACAGUCUCUCGGAUAAGGCACGGUUCAUCAUGGAGAAGUGUAGCGGAACGAUGGUGGUGGAGAACAAAAAACGCAAAGCGUUGAUCGAUGAACUGAUCAAGCGUGGCUACCGGCCGGAUCCGAUCCAGGAGUGGAAGCGUCGCGUACAGACGAGCGAUGAAGACCAGGAAGGGGAAGGCGAAGGGGACGAGGAGGAAGAGGUUGAAGACGUGAAGCCGGGCAAAUCGUCUGCCAAGGGCGCGAAGGGUCCGGUUGAUCCGGAGAAAGCGUUCCAGAAGCUUACCGAUGUGAAGAAAUUCAAUUACCUGCUCGGCAUGUCCAUGUGGAUGCUGACGGAGGAACGGAAGAAUGAAAUUCUCAAGCAGCGCGACCAGAAACUGGCCGAACUGAAGGCGCUCCAAACGAAAACACCCGAGGUACUGUGGAUUGACGAUCUGGAUGUGCUUUCCCGCAAGAUGGAUGAGUUCGAGGAGAAGGAACGUCUCGAAGCUCUCAGCACGGAGAAGAAAUUGAAGAAUACAGCAAGCAGGGGCGGCCCGUCUGCGGGACGUGCAAAGACCGGUGGCCGGAAAACUGCCUUCGACGAUACGAAACCGUGCAUUGAGGCGGAAUUGGUGAAGUUCCGCGUAUCGGAGGAAAUGAUCAAAAAGUUAGAGAAGGCGGCCGCCGUGAAGGUGAAGAAGGAGAAAAAGGAACCGGGCGAGAACGGAGAUGAAGGCGAUGGUGAGAUCGAUGAGUUUGAUGCACUGGUAGAAGGUGGUGGCGCCGGUGGGGAGAAGCCAAAGCCAAAGCCGCGCGUCAAGAAGGAACCGAAGGAACCGAAAGAACCGAAAGCACCUAAAGCGCCGAAAGCGCCCCGGGUAAAGAAGGAGAAGGUUUCUCCGGGAACGAAGAGCCCGGCAAAGCGCGGACGGAAAAAGGUUACAUCGUCGGAUGAAGAUGAUGGUGCAUUCAAUUCGGAUAUGAGUGACGAUGACUUCGCUUCAUCAGUAAAAGCUCCGCCGACGCGCGAAAAGCCCGGACGUCGUGCAGCAGCAGCUAAGAAGGUCAACUACUCUAUAAUGAAUGACGGUGAGGAAGUGGAAGAUGAUGAUUUCAACCGUUCGGAUGACGAAAUGUUCGACAAUAAUCAGGGAGGUCAGUCAAACCCCGCUGCCGGCGACGACAGUGAUGUGGAGGUGCAGGAUUCAGUUGGCUCCCGGGUGAUUAAUCUCGAGGAUAGCGAUUCGUCCCCGAAAAAGAAACCUGGACCAGUGAAAAAGCGUGUUCUAGGCCCGAAAGUGGCCGACACAGCAAAGUCCGGAGCGGGUGCUAAGCGUGCACGGAAGGUCGGUGACAGCAGCAGCGAGACGGAAAAGAAUGUGAAGAAACCGAAAAAGAGGAUCAACAGCUCGGAGGAUGAAGAUUCUCCUCCGUCGGAUGACGGCGAUGAUUCGGACUUCUAAGCGGUAAACAAGAAGGAUUCUUCGGGGGGAAAGCAUUGGAGUUCAUACAAUAGUUUUUUAUACAUCAACUGUGUGUUGAAAAGAUUACAUGUUAAUUUAAAAUUUUAACGAGCCUGAUUCACUACUUGCAAGAAUUGAGAGGAGGAUAAGGAGAGAUGGGGAGCAAUGGAAUGUAGCACCAGUUACACAGCUCCAGAUGAAAAGGAAGUUAAUGUAAUUUAACGUUGUCUUAAAAGAAGGUACACGCGAUAGAAGUAUUAAAGCGAAAAGAAGCUUGAAGGAUCGAAUUUGAGAGGUGUGGGAGUUGCGUCUGUAUAUCGUAUACAAUGUAUCUCUAAAAUGGCACAGACUUUGUAGGAAAGCGGAACUGAGCAGCAAAACACUAAAGAGGAUCGCGAUACCUAAAUUCAAUCUAUCUAUGUAAUGCAUACGCACAAUCGCUGUUCCCUCUUGAGCUAUUUCGCGCAACACAGUCUGUUACUAUCUGUUACAGUAAAUUGGAUUGUAACAGUAAAACGACAGCAACUCUCUCAAGUGAACACGAAAAUACACCCUAACAAGAAGAUGAAAUGUAACAUGGAAUGGCAAAAUAUAUGACACUACUAUAGAUGAUAAGGAGAACCAGAUAUAUGUUUUGCUUCGUGGAUAUCGACGGGAAGGGCGCGUACAGAAGGGUGUUUGCAGAAUGUGUAGUAUUUUACCUUCUUCUAGACUUAUAAAACAUACAUUACCGUAAGUGCAUAAGUACAAUGUAGCACCAGGGUCUCACAUAUGACCCACUUCCCCCCGUACUAACAUUUUCUUAUUCGUGAAUUAACCAUUUGGUGUGUCACCUUUAGAAUGCUGUUCCGCAAAAUGAUAUCAAAAUGGAUCCGCACUUUUCGUUUCAAUUCAAUAAUACAAAAUAAAUACUGUAGAUACUUUGU